CCUGGGAAGUACGUACAUGUACAUGUAGCAUUGCAUUUUAGCAGAGGAAAUCGUACAUUUAAGUUAACUUAAAGUACUCCUUGGGAUGCAGUCGUCUGCAAGAGAUUAUAAACCUCUUUCUGGAAAGGUUGCCGUGGUAACAGGAGCCUCUUGUGGCAUUGGUGCUGCCAUCUCUCGUCAACUGGCUGCUGCUGGUGCCAAGGUUGCCAUGGCAGCAAGGCGGGAGAACUUGUUAAAAGAAAUCCAGGAUGAAAUUUCAAAGGAAGGGGGCGGAGCUCUAGCAGUGAAAUGUGAUGUCACAAACAGAGCUGAGGUGAAGGAGCUUAUUCAGCACACAGAAAGUACCCUGGGUCCCGUGGAUAUCUUGGUGAAUAACGCGGGUAUCUGGGUGAUAAGGUGUAUGAAGAACCUUCACGAGGAGGAGUGGGAUCAACAAGUGGAUGUGAACAUCAAGGGAGUGUUGAACUGCAUUGGAGCUGUGAUUUCAGGGAUGUGUGAAAGGAAAAGUGGUCAUAUCGUCAACAUGUCAUCAGAAUAUGGAAUGAAGCCUGCCGUAGGGUUCGCCGUAUACACAGGGUCGAAGUUCUUCGUAGAGGGGAUGUCACGGACGCUUCGUCAGGAAGUUUGCAAGGAUGGUGUUCGUGUCACUUGUAUUCAGCCUGGUGAUGUUGAAACGCCCGGUUUAGCCACGACUUUGACGACAAUGGAUGAUGAGCAGUGUAAACAGCUGUACACAUACCCUUUCCCUUACCCAGUUCUGGAACCUGAAGUCAUCGCCCAGGCAGUCCUCUACGCAGUCACGGCGCCAGAUCACGUGGCCGUCAACGAGAUUCUCGUUCAGCCCAGGGAGGGCCCGCUGUAGAUAAACUUGCUUGGUAUCUAAUUAGAAAGAGAUGCAAGUAACAAGAUACCUAUUUGGGUACUAUUCUUUUGUAUUGGUUGUCAUAUUCGAGGGACU